AUGGCCGCUGCUACACUCCCAACCAAAAUGCGUGCCCUGCUGCACAACCUCAAGGACCAAUCCCUUUCCAUCAAAACUGUGCCCCUGCCUGUGCCAUCUUCUCAACAAUACCUUGUCAAACCAUUCGCUACCGCCUUCACGGUGGGCGAACUGAACUGGCCACGGCCGGAGGAGCUGAACAUCUCAUCUCCUGGCGUUGAAUGGGUAGGGCAGAUCGUUAAAUCACCCUCUACGACCUCAAAAUUCCAACCCGGCGACCGAGUCUACGCCCGAGUGACAUAUCCCCAAUCUGGUGCAGCACGACAGUACACGGUGACGACCGAUGACGAAAUCGCAAGGGUGCCUAAGAACUUCUCCGUCGCAGAGGCUGCAUCAGUACCCGUCAGCGCCUUGACCGCAUGGCAGGGCCUGUUCGAGGAGUUCAAGUUCAAAGCCCCAACUGCCACUUCCACUCCAUCAUCCGACACGAAGAAACGUGUGCUGGUCCUGGCCGCGUCUGGUAGCGUAGGUGUCUACGUGACGCAACUCGCCAAACUCGCCGGCCUGCACGUCAUCGGCACCACAGGGACUCGCAACGUCGAUUUCGUCACAUCUCUCGGCGCAGACGAAGUCCUCGACUACACGAAGACGGACCUGCGCACCUGGGUUGCCGAAGACCCGAGUCGGAAAGUCGAUUUCGUGUUCGCCCUGGCCGGUGGCGUGUCGCGGGACCAGGCAUGGCAUGCGCUGAAGGAGAACGGCCAGCUGCUGACGAUCGUGCCGCCGCCGGAUUUCAACUGGGUGUUUGACCUCGAUACGCCUGCAGGUGUGGAUCCGAGUGUCAAAGGACGUUUCUUCGUGAUGCAUCCGUCGGGUGACCAAUUGGAGAAGAUCACCGAGUUGAUCGAGGCUGGGAAACUCAAGCCGUUGGUCGAUAGUGUUUGGGAGUUUGACGAUUAUGAGAAGGCAAUUGAGAGGCUGAAUAGUGGGAAGACCUCGGGGAAGGUUAUACUCAAGGUGAAUGACGAAGAAUAG